CGGUCGGUCGUGACAGUUCUAUCUUUUUCUAUCAUAUGUUUUGUUCAUUCUAAUGUUCUAUCCGGCCCGGCCUCAAUCCUCGAAAUGUAUUUGAGAAUGAGAUCAAGAUCUAACAAAUAAGUUCUAGUUCGUGUUCUGAAAAAGACUGAUUAAAGACUGUGCAAUCAUGGCUCUACAAAUUCAGCCCAAAGAAGUGAAGAAACCUGGGCCGGGUAUGCCGGGUGCUGGUCCAUCGUUGGCCUCAGGUUCUGCUACCACAUCCCAACAACCUCAGGUGCAGGAGUUUUCUAUUCGUGUUCCAAAGAAUACUAAGAAAAAGUUCCAUAUGAUGCGUUUUAAUUCUACACUUAAUGUUGACUUCACUACAUGGAAGCAGAUCCGAAUGGAACGGGAAAACAAUGCUAAGGAAUUUAAAGGGUUUGAUGAAGAUAUGCCAAAGUUCGGAGCUGGUAGUGAAUUUGGUCGCGAGGCACGUGAGGAGGCGCGGCGCAAGAAAUUUGGAAUUGUGGCAAGGAAGUACAAACCUGAAGAUCAACCAUGGAUUUUAAAAUCUGGAGGGAGCAAAGGGAAAAAAUUUAAAGGUAUUCGUGAAGGAGGGGUGUCUGAGAAUGCUGGAUAUUAUGUUUUUAUGAAAGCGGAGGAUGGAAUCAUUGAAGCGUAUCCAUUACAAGAGUGGUACAAUUUUCAACCCAUUCAACGUUACAAAGCACUUUCCGCUGAAGAAGCCGAGGAAGAAUUUGGAAGACGAAACAAACAACAAAACUUUUUCUCGCUCAUGAUGAGGAAACGUUUGCGUCCUGAUGAGGAUGUGGACCUUGAUGACCCAGACGAAGCUAAAGGAAAACGCAAGGGGGGAGGUGGAAAGAAAUCUAAAGAAUUAAAAAUAUCAGACAUGGAGGAAUGGAUGGAUUCAGAUGAUGAAUCUGAAUCCGAUGGUGAUGAAGAAAAAGAUGAUGAUAAAGAAGAAAAGGCUGAGAAAAAGAAAAAAGGAAAGAAAGAGGCAGAAGCAAAGAAGAAGAAGAAAAAGAAAGAUUCAGAUGAUGAGGCUUUUGAAGAGAGUGAUGAUGGUGAUGAGGAAGGCAGAGAAGUUGACUAUAUAUCAGAUUCAUCAGUCAGUGUUUCAGACCAUGAUGAAAAGGCUAAAGAUGAAAUGAAAGGUGUUGCUGAAGAAGAUGCCCUGAGGAAACUCUUAACUUCUGAUGAAGAUUCUGAAGAAGAGGAAAAGAAGAAAGAGGGAGAAGAGAACAGUGAUGCCGAAGAUAAGAAGGAGGGUGAAGAAAGCAAGAAGGAUGCAGCUGAAACCAAAAAGGCUGCAACAGAAAAAGACCGCAGCAAGAAGAAAAAGAAAAAGAAGCGUGAAGCAGAUAGUUCUGAAACCCCAUCCAGCAAGACUGCAUCGACUUCAAAUGAUAAGAAAGACAAGGGUAAUGAUUCUAUGAGUGAUUUGAGUUCAGAUUCAGAGCCUGAAGGAAGUAAGAAGAAGGAUUCCAAAAAGGACGCAAAAGAAUCAAAUAGUGGAAAUAGCUCAAGAUCAGCCAGUCCUGCACUGCAGCCAGAUGGUAAAAGGAAAGCUACUAGUGAUGCCCUAGCUGCUGUUGCCGCAAAGAAAGCCAAAUUGGACAACUUUGCUUCUGCUUCAGCUUCACCGUAUUUAGCUGGAGCAAGUGAGGCCGGUAUCACUGAAGAUGCCGUGCGGCGUUAUCUGAUGAGGAAACCGAUGACAACGACUGAACUUCUCCAGAAGUUUAAAAGCAAAAAGACUGGCCUUAGCUCAGAUCAGCUUGUAAAUAUUAUGACUCAAAUUCUCAAGAAAAUCAACCCUGUGAAGCAAACUAUCAAGGGCAAGAUGUAUCUUUCAAUUAAGGCGCAAGGUGCACCGAAACCUGCUGAAAGCACUUAGACAAUGGCCACUGGUGGCUUGUACACUCGUAUGCUGGCAUACAUAUGUGUGUAUUUUGUAAAUAAACAGGACGAAGUAUCAUGUUCCACAA